AUGAAAACGCAAAUUACUAAUUAUUUAUAUGUAUAUAUAAUAUUCCUCAUUCUUAAAAUAAAGUAUAACUCAGCAAAUGAGACAUGUGAUAAUUGGGGCCCAUGGGGUCCAUGUACUAAUCAGAUUACUACUAGAACCUGUUUAACUAAUACAUCUUUAAUAGAAAAAGAAGAUUGCUCACAAUGUAAAGGAUGGAGUGAAUGGUUAGAAUGUAAAAAUGGAAAAAGAAGUAGACAUAUGAUUAAUUGUCCUUUUAUUAUUGACAUUCAAGAUUGUUUAACAGAUAUAAAUGGAGAAAUCUCAUAUAAAAAUAAACAAGUUAUUUAUGAUAAUUCUGAUUCUGAUUCUGAAAAUCAACAAACCCCAUCUAAUAAUAACAAAAGUACCAUAAAACCUCAUUUCUUACAAUCUCAAGAAGGUCCUCAACAAGCCUUGGUCCAAGGCGCUGACCAAAAGGGGAAGAAUAAUCAGGGAUCAGGUAAAGAUCAAGCUCCAGGUAAAGCUGCAGAUGGUGGUUCAGUUUCUGCUCCAGCUUCUGGUGCAGCUUCUGGUCCAGAUGCAGCUGCAAAUAAAGCCGGCAAAGGCGCGGGUGAUUCCCAAGGCGAAAAGAAAGUAGUUGCUGGGUCAGAACCAUCGAAUGCAAUAUCUCAGGGGGGAAGUCCACCUGCCCCUGCUGAUGGGCAAAAAGUUGAAGGGAAAUCUGGUGAAACUGGUCCCAAAUCCGCUGCUGACAAAGUAGUUUCUGGGGAUGGCGUAAGUGAAAAAGAUCCCAAAGUGCAAGCUGCUAGUGGAUCAGACGGAAAUGUAUUAAACGAUGCUGGGUCAGGAGUAGCUGCUGCGAAAAAAGGUGGACCAGAAGGAGGUCCACAAGUCAAUCCACCCGUAAAACAGGCACCAGAAGUUCCAGGAAAUGGUGGAGUAGGCGAUCCGUUGGUAGGUAAUGUAAGAGAUAUAAAUCAUAGACAAGGUCAUGACCCAGUCCCACCAGUUGAUCCAAGUAGAAGUCCACUUUUAUUGCCAACUGUGGAUCUAUCUUCAGAUUUUAAUUUAGAUCCAUCUGUACAUCCCCCUCCAUUGCCAUCUCGAAUCCCAAUUACAAAUGAACCUUUAGAUCCAUAUUCAAAGGAACCUCCAACUUUAAUUCCAAAUUCAAUUGAAAGUUUAAUGUCAAGACCAGGUCCAGCUCCAGCUCAAGCUCCAGGUUCAGUUCCAGCUCCAGGACCAGGAGCACCUUUACCUCCAAAUCCAGAAGGAAGAAGUCCUGAAUUAAGUGUUAAUCAAAAUGAUGGUGCAAUAGGAUCUGAUAUAGAUUCGAUAGGAUCAGAAUUAAACAGAAGCGAAAUUUCUUCUCCUAAUUCAGUAAUAGAUAAUACAGGGCUAAAUAAUAUGUAUGAAAGAAAUAAUGAUUUAAAUUCAAUGGGUAUAUAUAAUUAUCAUAACUCUGAUAUGAGUAAUAAUUUGCAUCGUAAUAUGAAUCCACAUCAUGGUGAUUCAUUGGAUAGACCUCAUAAUUUUAGUGGGAUUAGAAGUGCCUCACCAUCAAGCUAUUAUGGACCUGAUGGAUCAUAUAGAGAUGCAGAUCAUAUAAAUAAUCCAAAUAGCUUAUAUGGAAAUUCUCAAAGAUCAAAUUUAAGAUCUAAUAUAAAUGAUACAACCCCUUUUGAAUAUAAUAACGAUACCACAAGACAUGAUAAUUAUAAUUCACAUGGCAUAAAUGGACAGCCAAGAUCCCAUGAAUCGUAUGAAUCAUAUGAAGCGAAUGGGGAAGAAGAACAUGAUCAUAAUAGAGAUAACAGAUCAAAAUAUAAUAAUUCUGAAGACUAUGGUAAUUUUAAUAAAUUAUUUGUAGCUACUGGUAUGGGAUUAGUUAUUAUUUUAAGUGGUACAAUAGCUAGCUAUGCUUUAUACAAUGAAAAAAAUAAACCACCUGGGGAUUCUAUAUUUAACAGUGGAUUUGCUGAUAUUCCAGCAAGUAAAAUGAUUCAUGAAGAUGAAUUUUGGGGCACUGAAUAA